AACCAAACCCACACCAAACCAAAACCCAACACACACCAACCCAGUUCACAACACUACCACCCAGUCUUAGCACCGACAAAUUCAUCUCCGGCCGCCAACUAGCUCCCUCCCACUUCAUAUCAGGGCCGUGCACGUGUUCCUGGAGUAUUUAAUUCAUAUGGAGGCGCCACUGCUUCCGGCAGUGAACGGCGAUGAAGUUCGAGACUAUGAGCCGGUGACUAGCUGGAAGGAUGCUCGGUCGGUGACGUGGAUAGAGACUAAGAAGCUGUGGAAAAUAGGGGGGCCCAUCGCCUUCACAAUCAUCUGCAACUUUGCGACCAACUCUGUUUCCAUCAUGUUCGUCGGACACCUCGGAAACCUUCAGCUCUCUGCCGUCUCAAUCUCUCUCUCUGUGAUCUCAACCUUCUCUUUCGGCUUCAUGCUCGGCAUGGGGAGUGCAUUAGAGACGCUUUGUGGUCAAGCAUUUGGUGCUGGAAGGGUUAACAUGCUUGGAGUGUACAUGCAAAGGUCAUGGAUCAUUCUAUUUAUCAGCUGUGUCAUCCUCACGCCAAUCUACGUUUUCACUGCCCCGAUUUUAAAGCUUAUUGGGCAGGACGAAGAAGUGGCUGAUCUUGCUGGAACCUUCACCGUAUAUGUCAUUCCUCAGUUAUUCUCACUUGCCAUCAUGUUCCCUUCCCAAAAGUUCCUUCAGGCACAAAGCAAGGUUGCUGUUCUUGCAUGGAUUGGUUUUCUGGCCCUUAUUAUACACAUUGGAUGGCUCUUUCUCUUCAUUUACGUGUUGGAUUGGGGCAUCUAUGGUGCAGCUAUAGCAUUUGAUAUCACAGGUUGGGAACUUGCGAUUUGUCAAGUUAUUUAUAUAAUCGGUUGGUGCAAUGAAGGGUGGAGUGGUUUUUCAUGGUUAGCUUUCAAAGACAUCUGGGCCUUUGUCAGGCUCUCGCUCGAAUCAGCUGUCAUGCUUUGCCUUGAGAUUUGGUAUAUGAUGAGUAUAAUUAUUCUUACUGGCCAUCUUAGCAAUGCUGUGAUUGCUAUUGAUUCACUUUCUAUCUGCAUGAAUCUCAAUGGAUAUGAAGGAAUGUUGUUCAUUGGAGUUAAUGCUGCUGUAAGUGUUCGAGUUUCCAAUGAACUUGGAUUGGGACGUCCAAGAGCAGCUAAAUUCGCUGUCUACGUGACAGUCCUUGAGUCUCUGGUCAUUGGGAUUGUUUGCAUGAUUGUCGUCUUGAUAACAAAAGACUACUUUUCUGUCAUCUUCACAAGCAACGUGGAAUUGCAACAAGCUGUUGCGAAGCUAGCAUUUCUUCUUGGAAUUACCAUGGUUCUUAAUAGUGUCCAACCCGUCAUUUCGGGUGUUGCUAUUGGAGGCGGAUGGCAAGGACUGGUGGCUUAUAUCAACUUGGGUUGUUAUUACAUUUUUGGCCUCCCACUUGGAUUCCUUCUUGGUUAUACAGCAAACUUGGGAGUUAAGGGAAUUUGGGGAGGCAUGAUAUGUGGAACUGCUCUUCAAACGUUGCUUCUCUUGAUAGUGCUUUAUAGAACCAACUGGAACAAGGAGGUUGAACAAUCUUCGGAGCGAAUGAAGAAGUGGGGUGGACAAAACGUUGAAGAUGAGAAGAUAGCUAACAACCGUAUAUGAACUUGAUCCUAAAAGAAAUUCACAUCACGUUUCUCCUCAGACAAGACAUCCUGAGUACCUAAAAUCUCCCUGCUUAUAUUGGCCUGAAUUUCUCUGGAAGUCAUGUUUUAGAGUUGUAGGGUUCUCUUCCAAUUUUUGUGUUGACACAAUUUUAAACCAGCAUGAUUUGUUCCCGGCAGGAGAUUUUACCUCCCUGUCAGUAGUACUGAAUUUACCUAUCAAUUUGAUUCAACUGGUUUGAUCUGA